AAAUGGAAGUCUCUGUUUCAGUGUGGUGACGCGGCUGAUACAGCCGAUCAGUACCGUCGCUUCGGUUCGCCAUCCGGUCGGGAGUUACCGAAGCUUUUUGCAACGCCGACCCAGCUUCGUCCCCGUGCUGCCUCCUCUUCUCUUCGAGACAUCGUCGUUCCAAUCUCCAUUUCGUUUCUCUCUUCCUCCUCCCGUCUCCAGGCGUCGAUUCGCCGAAUGGCCAACGCGCUGGGGCUCGUCUCGUCGUCCCUGCACUCUUUCCGGUGGAGAAAUCGGGCUCCUUUGUGGCUCUCCAGAUCCGACAAGAGGGCGCCGUUCAUCUGCUGCGCCGCCGGGGAUGACGGUGUCGAAGGCCACGUUCUCGGCGCUGCCUCGUCGAGGUCACAUCGUCCAAGAGUCAUUGGCAUGGGUUCAAAACUUGUUGGUUGUGGAUCGUCUGUGCCGAAGCUUCUUAUUUCCAAUGAUGACCUUGCACAAAUUGUUGAAACCUCAGAUGAAUGGAUUUCUGUUCGAACAGGGAUUCGUAACAGACGAGUUCUUUCAGGAAAUGAAACAUUGAGUGGUUUCGCUGUAGACGCAGCAAAAGGCGCUCUUCAAAUGGCUCAAUUAGAAGCUGAAGAAGUUGAUCUUGUCAUAAUGUGCACAUCCACUCCAGAUGAUCUUUUUGGAUGUGGCACGCAGGUUCAGAGGGAUUUAGGGUGCAAAAAUGCAUGGGCCUUUGACAUAACAGCUGCUUGUAGUGGGUUUAUUGUGGGCCUAAUCUCUGCUACUCGCUUCAUUAAAGGUGGUGGGUUUCAGAAUAUAUUGGUAAUUGGAGCAGAUGCCCUUUCACGCUAUGUGGACUGGACAGAUAGAGGCACAUGCAUACUUUUUGGUGAUGCUGCUGGUGCUGUGUUAGUCCAGGCAUGCCAUAGUGAUGAAGAUGGCUUGCUUGGCUUCGACUUACACAGUGAUGGCCAUGGCCAUAGGCAACUAAAUGCUCUAGCCCAAGGUGACGAUGAUAAAUUGAUCUCAAACAGUAAUGGUGCUCCUCUGUUUCCUCCAAGGAAAUCAUCAUUUUCUUGCAUCCAAAUGAAUGGUAAAGAGGUCUUCCGCUUUGCUGUGCGCUCUGUACCACAGUCUAUCGAAGCAGCACUGGAAGAAGCUGGCCUCAGUAGCUCAAGCAUUGAUUGGUUGCUACUUCAUCAGGCAAACCAGCGGAUCAUAGAUGCUGUAUCCAACCGAUUAGAGAUCCCUUCUGAUAAGGUCAUAUCAAAUUUGGCAAACUAUGGCAACACAAGUGCUGCAUCCAUCCCUCUAGCAUUGGAUGAGGCCAUCCGGGGUGGCAAAAUUCAGGCUGGCAACACCAUUGCCACUGCAGGCUUUGGUGCGGGACUCACAUGGGGUUCAGCGAUCAUAAGGUGGAGAUGAAAAUGGAGGCAGAAGUUGUCUGAGUGUAUAUCCUCGACCUUGUGAACAUUGAUUUCCUGAACCAUCUUGGAUUUCUCACAUCAUGAUUCAAGUAGAAGAGGGGUUAGUUCCUUUUCCUGUCCAUGUUUUGGUGACCAUUUCCUAAACUUACUGGUUUUUUAUUUACUUUUUCAAGUAAAAUUGUUUUCCAAAGUGAAAUAAUGAGCACCCAAGCAUUAUUUUCUCUUGGCCA